GGAGAACGCGGUAGAAGAACUAUGCCAAAUAAAUUAAAAUACUUCGUUUUAACCGGCGAUCCGGGAGUUGGAAAAACAUCACUUACGAAAAAGCUAUGUGAAGCAAUUCAAAAGUUGGGUAUACAAGCGUCGGGUUUUUACACAGAAGAGGUUAGAAAAGACAGAAUUCGUAUGGGAUUUGAUGUAGUGACGUUGGAGGGAGAACGAGGUCGGCUGGCGAGAGACCAGAGCUUAUUGACAGAGCCAGUGAAGUACAAUGUUGGGAAAUAUGGAGUGCUGGUGCCCGAGUUUGAAAGUAUCGCCCUGUAUAGUAUGAGGAAGGUAUCCCCGCCAUCGCUUCUAGUAAUAGACGAGAUAGGUAAAAUGGAGUUUUUCAGCGCGCCGUUCAAAUCCAAAGUGAAGGAAGUUUUCAGCCCAGGCUCGGACUGCUUUGUUUUGGCCACUAUCCCUAUUUGGAAGGGAGACCCGCUCAUCGAGUCUAUAAGGAGUAAUAAGGACGGGAAAGUUUGGGUGGUGACAAGGGAAAACCGGAACCACAUUCACGAUGAAAUAUUAAAGGAAAUGAAAUUAUCACUAGAGAUUCCAUAAUUAAAAGUCACGAUAAAAGUGCUUUAUGAUUAU